AUGAAGCAGCCCCGCUCUCUCAUCCAGCCCACGCUUCUCUCCCCAACCUCGAUAAAACUCGGCCGUCUGGUACUCUCCCCCUACUCUCCGCACCAAGACUACCUCGAUCCGCCGGUUCCUACUGCCCCCGAGAUCGAGACCCGCUCGCAGUCCAACUUCAUCUCGCACCUGACGUCCAGCAGCACCACAAAGCUGCGCACACGCCUCACCGCGCUCGUCGCCGCGUCCCGCAGCGCCUCGGCGUCGGCCAGCGUCACGCUGGAGGCCGCGCAGGGCACAACAUACACGCUGCUCAACAGCGGCGGCUGGUUCCGGGCGGCGUGUAGGUUUGCGGAGGUGCGCGAGUGGUUUGAGAACGCCGUGAUGUGUGCGGGGACGGUAUACCUGGUGGUAGGAUACCACACGCUGACGGAUACGAAAUUUGUGGCGCAGGACGAGGGCGCCGAGAUUAAUACUGGGGGCAUCGUGAUUUCGAGUGGGAUUUUGGGACCCGGGUUAAGUGGUGUUGAAGGAGAGGGUGGGAUUCAGAAGCAGAAGUCCUGGGGUGGAAGAAAGGAGUGGCAUGAGAGCGAGGAGAGGGUAUGGGCGGUACAGUAUAGGAAGGUGGAGUUUAAGUGGUUCUCUAGUAAGAGGAUCGAGAAGGGCGCGUUGGAGAAAGAAAAUCGGUGGAAGCUGUGCUGGACUGGGAUGGAGGGUAUCAGGGGCUAUAAGGAGGAAGAGGAGGAGGAGGAGGAGGAGGAGGACAGCGGAAGCGGAGAGGAUGAAGAGGACGAAGAUGAUGAAGAUGUGCUGGAAGUAGAUUUGGCAGACGAGGAUGAAUUGGGAUCCAAGGACAGGUGUGUCAUGGGCGAAGAGGAAUUUCUCUUUUAG